AUGUCACGCGAUGGAGAGAGGUCCUCAUCCGAGGAUGAAGCCCCGGUGCAAUCGCUCAUUCAGGGGCGAGAGAAGCGGAGCACAGCAGGACGGCAGAUGUCCGCCCUUUUAGACGCGGAAGCAGACGACGAACUAGCACUAUUAUUUGAAGAAGUGGAUGACGAUAACGAAUUUGCCGCCGACGCAGCAGAAGAUGGAGCUGAGGAAGAUGAUAUGGGGCUCGAUUCUUCUUCCGACGAUGAGGACGAUCAAGGACCGAAUGCUCAGGCAGACGACCUUGAAGGAGAGCGGCAACUUGCGAAGGAGGAGAAAGAAGAGAAGAGGAAAAAAAGAGCUCGAGAGGACCUUCGGUAUAGAAUAACCAGCAAGAAGGUGAAAAUUGACCCGACCGCGACUCCCAAAGCACCAACAACCCCUGCCUCGCGCCCGAGGAAGAAGUCAGAGCGAGUUUCAUGGAUCCCCACCCCCGACGAAGGCCCUACACGAUCUUCUUCCCGUCGGCAGACCAUGCAGAACAAGGAACUCACGCAUGCCCGGUUAAAAGAUAGCGAGGAGAAGCGCAUUCGCCUUAUCGCUACAAUGGAGGAAGCUGCCAAGCGAAAAGCGAAGAACAAGCCGAAAGAAUUGACACAGGCGGAACGACUGGCAGAGGCUGAAAGAGUGGAAAGGCUCAAUAGCAAAAGUCUCAAUCGCUGGGAGGAAAUGGAGAAGCGUAAAGCAGAGGAGAGACGAGCGAAGAUCGAAGCAUUGCAAAAUCGCCGUCUUGAAGGCCCUGUUAUCUCCUACUGGAGCGGCGUUGCUACCUGGGCUGAUGGUCGGUUGACGCGCGUCGGCAAGGUCACAAUUACGCCCAAGCCGGAAAAAGAUGAGAAUUCGCGAAAAAAGAGCAAGAAGUUGGAUAAAGAAGGCAAACCCGAGACAGAGCAGAAGCCGGGAGACCCUGCAGGGCCCGGUAGUCCGCAGGGUGUUCCAGUCACCUUGGCGAAUUCAAUACCACCAACGACCGAAACCGAGCAAGAACAAUCUGUUCAACCCGCAAAACCUGCCAUCGAUGCCAUUCAGACCACCACAUCAGGAAAUGCCUCUACAGGAUCUCAGGGUGAGGUUGCUACAGUUCCUCAAACGAUUAAUACUCCAAGCGCAGCUCCAGAUGUUCAGUUACCAGACGCAUCCAGCAUAUUACCCGGAGCAGAUUCACCCCAAAUCAUAACCAAAGAAACCUCAGAAGCGAAUGAGGACACCCAGGCCGCUAGUGAGGAACCGGCAAAAGUGAUCAACAGCGAGACAGUACAAGAGUCUUCUGACCGUCGAACGAGCCAAGGUCCUGGUUCAGAGCCUGAAGCACCGGUAGAGAAGGACGGCAAUACGUCGAACACGGAAAUACCUAAGGUGGAAGACAAGCCCAAUGGGGUGGCUCAAGAGUUGACCGUUAAACCAUCAUCGAGCCCUGAAUCGGCUUCUGAACCUAUCCCGGCUAUGGUUACCGCUGAUGGGGCUGCGUCUGCUCUACCGGACGGACAACUAGAGGGUCAGGGAAGCGCAGGGGACCCAAUGCAAAUUGACCAGAAACCCAAUACUGAGGGCGAACCAGCUGCUACGACCGCGGAUUCACAGCCGGCGGAUUCGCAGCCCGCGGCUCCUCCCGCCGUCAUUGAGCACACCGGGCGAUGCUUGACUAUACUCGAAAACUUUGACGAUAAAACCGCUCAGAGUCGAGACUACAGUAUCUAUUUCAAUGCAAAGAAACCCCCGAGACUCACGAAAAUCUCCUCCUCACUGUGUGUAAUCACGUCUCUUCCAUCUCGGUAUCGAGACCCAGAUACAUCUCUUCCCUUUGCAAACUCGUACGCAUACCACGAGAUUCGUCAUACCACCGCUCAGAAAUACACCUGGAGCCCCAUGCUCGGGUGCUACGUUGGACCUGCCGGAAUCGCUGCACGCGGUGUACCAGACAGGUUUCUAGAUCCCAACGCGAAAGAGAGCACGGCGAAGCCCAGCGGCACCGUUGACCAGCCCAAUGGGCCGGAUAAGGAAGGGGACGAUGCGAAACCGGUUGGUGGUGGUAAUUCGAUCACGCCCACGGCCGCAACGAAAUCAACAUCUGCGCCCACACCCACGCCUGCGACGGCAUCUGCACCUCCACCUCCACCCCCAGCUGCAACAACACCUGCACCUGCGCCUGCUUCAACAACCGGCACGGCAGGCGCAGAUAAAUCAAGUCUGUUUUACUACCUGAGUGCGCUGUUGAAAAUCGUUAAUCAGAAGAGGCGAUCUUCUCCCCGUUUGGACUUGAUCGAGUGGUUUUCUGCAGGAGUACCUACAUUCUCAGACACGGUGGAUGUCCUGACAAUCGGUCUCCCGACUCAUGAAUCAGAAUCUUAA